UUCUCGCCUUCUUGGUGUGAAAGCAACAACCCACCUUCUUGCUCUUCUUCUACCACUCAACACUACUGCCCAACAAAAAUAGCAUUCAAAUCCAAAUCCUGCGCCCGCCUCUCUCUCUCUCUCUAUCAUUAAUUCUCUUUACACCAUACCUCUACUGAUGAUUUGCCACGUUAUAUAAAAUAAAAUUUGAAAAAGAAAGAAAGAAAGAAAGAGAUCAUCCUUUUAAUACAAAACCUCUCUCUUUCUUCUUAAUUUCUCACUCCCUUUCUCUCCCUCCUUCCCUCUUUCCCAACUAAACAAAUAACUAAGCAAUGCCCAGCUCAAACAGCAGAACAGCAACUCCUUCUGGUUGUUUUUCAAGCAUAGCUCGCCUCCUUCUUUGCAAAGGUAGCCUCCAAACACACCCUUCAGAUCAAAUUACAGAUCAUGUUCAUAAUACAGCAACAGAGUUCAAAAAUCUAAAUGAAGCAUCAAAGCAUGACCAAGUCAACUUUAAAGUCAAAGUUGAAGCUUCAGCCGCUGCAGCUACUCCAGGUCCAGGAGUAGUAGCCAGGUUGAUGGGCUUAGAUUCUUUACCGGAUACUAAUCGGAUUCCAACAAAUGGAAACACUGUUACGCGUAGUCGGUCAGUGAAUUUUAUGGAUUAUUUGUUUGAAUUUGAUUUAUCACAAGCUCAUCAUCGUAGAGUAAAAACGUCCCUGUCGUUUCGCGACGUACCGACAUUACAGAAUCAGAAGAAUAAUGACUUCUUUCUUCUUUAUUUGGAUAAUAUAGAGAAAACCAAGAAAACUCGACCUAAUAAAUUUAGAAAAGCUGAAGUGGGUCUUGAAGAGAGCAACAAGAAAGAAGAGAAAGGAGCAGUAGAUGUAAGGAAGGAAAAGAAAAAUCAAAGAAACAACAAUUUGAAGAUUUCUAAGUUGAAGGAUGAGCCAAGAAAGCAAGUCAUGCACGAUAAUAAACAGUUUUCAAGACCUGGUAGUUGUAAAGGAGGUCAAGUUUCUUCUGGGUUUGUUUCGCCUAAAAAAGUUAAAGAUCGUAGAGUUCCCAAAGGAAAAUCAAAAUGUGCAGUAAAGCCAAUCAACCAGAAGGAGGUGCUGGUUGAAUCGAAGCUAAUGAAGAAAAUCAAGAAACAACGUGCAAUGAAAGAUUUACAGUGUUAUUCUGAGUGUAGUUCAGAUGAUUCAAGUCCAGUUUCUGUUCUUGAUCUUGACGAAUUUCCUAUUUAUGAUGAUCAAACUUCUUUAUCACCAGAUUGUACAAUUGGUCAUCAAAAUUCAAACCCAGAGAAGAAAUUUCCACCCAAAGCGACUGACUUUGAGUACUGUUUUUCACAUCCUGCUCGCUUAUUAAACACUUGUGAUAAUGCUACCAAGUAUUACACAGAAGUAGUAAGAGAGCUGUGCAAGUUGACAGAGGAAGAUAUGAAAGAGUCAAAAUGGGUUUCAGAAAAUGUGUUGCAGUUGGAGAGUUUUGAAGAGAUGUGUCUGGAUUUUGGGCAACAAAUUCUGGAUGUACUUGUAAAGCAAUUAGUAGAAGAACUUGUUGGAUUCCAUAAUUGAAGAUUGAAAUUGAAUUACUUAUUUCAGUGAUUGAUAGAAAGUGUUAAAAAAAAUGUAUAUCCUGUAACACUGAGCAGAGUCCUUUUAUUGUUUUUGUGUAUUUGAGUUGUACCAGUUACUUUUUACAAAUGGUUACUAAAAUCAUAUAUCAACAUAUUAUUUUGUUUUAAUAAAA